GAUCUUUAUUAUUAAAUUUUCAUUAAUAUGAAACAUGUGCAAUGAUUUUUGGUUCAGAAAUUCAAGAAUGCGAAUAGAAUGGAUUUCAAAAAUUAUUUAUGUUGUCAAAAUAAACAAUAAUUUCUGCAUGAGUGGUUUAGACACGCCUACUUUUUGAUUGGUUGUUGAUAAAUGAGGGAUUUCCCCCCAGCUUUCCUCAUGUGUGACAUCUUUCCAUGAUUCAGAAAUUCAUAUUAAAGCUUCUGAUUCUGCCUUUUUCAAAGUUGUAUCAGAGGAUUAACGAAUGGAUGGAACAUCCGAAGCUUAUAUGGCUGAAGUCAAAAGGUGAUGGGAAAUGUAAUGACAGCCUCAACCAUGCAGCCAUUGCAACAUAUUGUAAUCUGAAAGAGAAAAAGAGAUGGCACGAAGUUGAAUUAUAUUUUGACGAGAAUCUCAAGCGACCUUACUUAGUUGUAAAAUUUGCUGAAGAAUCACUCAACCGUGUGAUUCUGCCAAUGUUCUCAGAGGAAGAAAUGUCACCAGAAGACAUGUUGUCUGUGUUCCAUACUAUUCAGCCUCCUGGAGAUCCUGACUUAUAUGACGAUGGAUUGAUUCUCGCCCUGGUUUCCUCAGACCAAAACAUCGUCUACCACAACCUGAGUCCAGGGCUGGUUCCUCCGACAAAUAAACCGACUCCAUCGUCAAUCCCAAAAUCGAGAGAUCAGAAAAGAAAGCUAAAGUGACUGAGCGAACAAUGCAAGACAUCCUGUAUAUCAGAUCUUCGCAACUGGGGGUCCGUGGCCCACCAAGGGGGCCACAGAGCAGUUGGAGGGGGACACAAUGCUAGUUGCAAAACUGAUUUUACUUUUGUCUUUAAAAACUUCUGCCUCCCUAGUUUCAAUUCUUCAUUAAGUUAUUUCACAGGAUGUUUUCACUUUGUUGGGAAUUGAUUGAACGUAAUGGGAA